GAUCGUUCUGUUUAACUCUGCUGACUUUUCUCGUUGAACAGAAUAUAGUACAUAUCAUAAACUUAAAUGAAAAUCAACUUGUUUGUUCUAUAGGAUAUUUUUCUAUACCUCACAUGUGAAAAAUUUGUAAUCAAAUGAUUUAUGCCUCGUGAAAUUGGAAAAGGAAACAUUUAUUGAUAGCGAUAUAAUGCAGAUUCUUGUUUGAACGACUAUGGAUUGGCAAACGAUCGAGGAUCAGUGUUUGAAAGCCAACAAAUUUUUCAGUCAGCUUGUUGGUGUGUGGCCUGAUCAAGAAAAAUUCACGAAAAUUAUUAUACGAUUUGUCAUAUUUGUUAUUAUUAUUGCCACAAUUACAGCGCAGAUAUCACGGGUAGUAGUAUUUUAUAGCUUGGAGGUGUUGUCGGAUCAGAUGCCGUAUCUCGAUAUAGGAUUCGUCAUUUUAAUCAAACAGUACAAUUACAUUCUGAACGAAAAAAAGUUGAAAGGACUUCUAAACGAUAUCGUGGCCGACCGGCUAAUAGAACGACCGAAGAAGGAAUUAGAGAUUUUGGACAUGUACUCCAAGAAGGCAACAUUUCUCUCCUGUUUAUACCAAGUUAGCAUAUCUUUUUGUGCGUUUAUGUUCGUCCUCCUACCGACUAUACCACCUAUCCUGAACGUCAUCGCACCCCUGAACGAGUCACGAAGUCGCGAAUUCAUCUACCCAUCCUAUUAUUUCGUGGACGAGCAGCAGUAUUACUAUCCCAUACUUGUGCAUAUGAUACUCGUGGCGGUAAUACUCACAAGCGUUUAUAUAGCCUGUGACAUCAAUUUGGUUCAUGUUGUACAUCAUGGUUGCGCCUUGUUAGCCAUUAGUGGGUAUCGUUUCAAGCACGCAGUGGAUAAUGUGAACUUUACCAAUGAAAAGUACCUGAACGUGUUACUAGAUGAAACCUAUGCGAAAAUAAGCCGAUCCAUCGAUGCUCACAAAAAGGCCGUUGAAUAUAUGGAUAAAAUUGACGCCUGCCACGUGCACUACUUCUUCAUCAUCUUGGGUGUGAUAAUCGUAACAUUUACAUCCACGUUCGUGCGGUUGUCAACGAUGGAAAUAGGAGUCAGAUACUUCACAUUCUGCGCGUUCACUAUUAGCCAAAUGACUCAUCUUUUGUUUUUGACGAUAAUGGGACAGUUCCUGACAAAUUCCAAUGAUGAGACCUUCCAGGCAAUAUGUGAAGCCAAAUGGUACAAUGGAUCGUCGAAAGCGCAAUCGUUAUAUCUAUUGGUGUUGCGAAAGUGUUUGAGCCCGCCUAAACUAACUGGUGGAGGAGUGAUCUCUUUGAAUUUGGAGAGCUUUGUACAGGUUUUAAAAGCAUCUUUCUCGUAUUAUACAGUGUUUAGAUCUUCAUAAAUUGAAGAAAGAAAAGCGCGAAUUGAAUGGUUCGAAUUUAUCGGUAUAUGUAUUCAAGU